AUGGGAGUGAUUUCCAAAUUUGCCGCUCUCGCUACUCUCGCCAGCCUAGCACAAGCCUGGCUUCCAGAAGACAACAAAUCCAUCAACUCAACAGAUGGCACCAACCUCUUCGAAUCCUCAAAGGGUAAGAUCCGCGGCGUGAAUCUCGGCACGCAAUUUAUCUUCGAGCCCUGGAUUUCCCAAAGCGCAUGGAGUAGCAUGGGCUGCGAUGGUCAAGCCUCUGAAUUUGACUGUGUCCUCGCACUCGGCCAGGAUGCUGCCAACACUGCAUUCGCCAAACACUGGGGCUCAUGGACUACGAAGGACGAUAUCGAUGAGAUAGUCAGCUACGGACUGAAUACCAUCCGUAUUCCGGUUGGAUACUGGCUGCACGAGGAGUUGGUCGAUGGAAGUGAACACUUCCCUCAGGGAGGACUGGACUAUCUCAAGAAGAUAUGCGGGUGGGCGAGUGAUGCUGGUCUGUAUAUCAUCAUGGAUUUGCAUGGCGCGCCGGGUGCGCAGACAAAGAAUCCGUUUACGGGCCAGAACCCACAGGAGCCGGGAUUCUACACAGAUGAUAACUACGAGCGUGCGCUCAAGUGGUUGGAAUGGAUGACCAAGCUUGUCUACACCGUUGACGAGUUGAGAAAUGUGGGAAUGCUGGAAGUUGUCAAUGAGCCUGUGCAGGAUGAUGAUAAGGCUUCAUCCAUGCGGUCAAAGUACUACCCGCAGGCUGUGGAGCGUAUUCGGGCCGCCGAGAAGAAGCUCAACAUCAACAAGAACGACUACCUCCAUAUCCAGACCAUGGAUCAAUCUUGGGGCUCGGGUGAUCCCAACGAGCACCUUGAUGACCUCACCUAUAUGGCGUACGACGAUCAUCGCUACUUGAAGUGGGACACAAGUGUCGAUGCCUCGCAUGAUAACUAUAUCAGCACAUCUUGUGGUGAUCAGCGUGACAGCAACUCGCCUAACAUUGUUGGUGAAUGGAGUCUUGCUGUUCCUGAUGAUGUGGAGCAGUCUUCGGAUUGGGACCCCAGCUCCAAUACCGAUUUCUAUGCCAAGUGGUUUGCGGCGCAGGUUCAUUCUUAUGAGCAGCAGCAAGGAUGGGUCUUUUGGACUUGGAAGGCCGACCUGAAUGAUUAUCGGUGGUCGUAUCAAGAUGCUGUCAAGGCUGGCGUUAUCCCGAAGGAUUUGAGCAAGUUGCAAAAUCCUUGCAACUGA